AGGGAAGUCGCAUGACUUUUUGUCACAAAACAAGGAAGUAAAAUAAGUUUUUCCCUUGCCACCCCUAAUUUGCAUAUCAAAUGUGGGUGAAACCAGCCCUUCCCUUAUAUAUUUACCCUGCCCCAGUGCCAGAGGGGCUGCUGUACAAUUCCAUAGAAAGUAACUAUAUAGUGUUUGGGCCUGUGUGUACUUGGAAUUGCAGGGCCUAUUUUGACUCCCAGUCCAGACCUGCUUCUCUUUCUUGACUCCCUGCCAGCGGCCACAGAAGUAGCCAGAGUCCUGUAAAACACACUAAGAUGAAGGCAGAGGGGUAAUCAAACCCAGAAACCUAUAUGAUCAAUCCCAUGGACUGGUAGGGUUGCCACCGGCCUGGCUGGUAAAAAUGUUGCUGAUGCCAAUGUUAUUUAUAGGGAAAACUCAAAAUAUAGGAAGGGCGGUAUUUUUUUCCAGAAAAGGUGCCAACCCUAGUGACAGGCAUUGCUGUAUAUAUACUGGUGAGUAAAUGGAUAUAGCACGUUGCACUAUACCAGUUGCACUGAGCCCGCACUAUGGGGAUAUGGACAGCUGGCUCCCAUUGGGGCUAAUGUUAGGGCCACACUGGGUGACUUAUUUGCACAUCCCCCAUCAUAGAACAAUUACAGGAACAUCAGUGGGGUAGCCUUUAAGUAGAGAAGUUCUGGGUUGGCUGAUAAUGACAAUCUGUAGGUUUUGGCAAAUACCAGAGGGGCUGCUGUAAGAUGCCAUAGACAGUCACUAUUUAUUGGGCUGGUGGGGGAAUGUUUGGGCCUGUGGGUACUUGGAAUGGCAGGGGCUAGUGUGACUCCAGAGCUGGGCCACUAGAGGUACAAGGGCAUUUGAUGUGGCUCCUCAGUAGUAUGAGAAGAAAUGUAGCUCCAGGCUAUGGGCCAGUAGAGCAAGUUCUACAUGUUACUGACAGGACUCAAGCUGAGCUGGAUAGAGGGGCCCCUGGCAGUCCCUGAAAGCUGGGGCCACAGUCUGGGCAAAUCCCUGACAUAAGAUGCACUUUAUAUAGUACUUAUAUAGUACAAGCAGUGCUGCCUGGGUGGGUGAGGGAGUUGUAGUUGUUGCAGAUUUCCAGCGGUACCGGGGGGGCCAACAAUCUGUUGAUGGGGAAGUUGAUGUGAGUCAAUAGAGAAGUUUAAGCCCCUGGCUGGAUCCAAACACCUGCGCCGCACGAAUAGAGCAAUAACUUCAUCCCUACUUACUGGUAAGCCCCGCCCCGCCUGUCCUUACGCCCCGCCCUGCUGUCACCCAGGGGAGACGCCCCCUUUGCUGCCCGUGACUCCCCGCUGAGCGAUGCGUCUCACUGUGCACCUGCCAUGGCAGAGAGAUCCCGGGACCUGCCCCUCCUCACUCUCACCUCCAGUACCAGGAGAGCACUCCGCCUCCGCGCCCGCCAGGCCAGGGAUGCCAAGUUGUCUGUAUUCAGCAAGAUUUGCUACGCCAUCGGCGGAGCCCCGAAUCAGGUGUCUGGAAGCGCGUCGGCCUUCUUUCUGCAGAUCUACCUCUUAGAUGUAGCGCUGAUCUCACCCUAUCAAGUCUCAUUGGUUCUGUCCCUUGGGAAAACCUGGGGUGGAAUUACAGAUCCCCUUGUAGGCUACUGCAUAAACAAAAGCAAAUGGACACGGAUUGGUCGUCUGAUGCCCUGGAUGUUGGGGUGCACACCCUUCCUGAUGAUGUCCUAUUUCCUCUUGUGGUUUGUCCCCACUUUCGAGACUGGGAGAGUCGUGUGGUACCUGGCUUUCUUCUGCUGCUUCCAAGCACUCAGCACUGCUUACCAUGUCCCAUACACUAUCCUUACCAUGUUCCUUAGCACAGACCAGACAGAGAGAGAUUCCGCCACAGCCUACAGAAUGACUGUGGAGGUGUUGGGCACAUUGAUUGGUGCCGCAGUCCAGGGGCAGAUUGUUGCCAGCGCUCACACUGGAUCUGACUGUCAUUUGACCAACGGGACUGGGAAUCUGACGGCGGAUUUUCCACAUGAACCUACAGAUCACAUCACGUCUGCAAGGCAAGUCUACAUGAUAGCUGCAGGGAUCAUCGGCUGCCUGUACCUCCUUUGCACCGCUGUACUUUUCCUCGGCGUUAAGGAACGAGAUGACCCAUACGCCCUGGUUGCUGGAGAGGUUAUUCCAUUUUUUCAAGGAUUUCGAAAGACGAUGCAGUUUGGUCCGUACCUGAAUCUGAUAAGUUCGUUUCUUCUCAUCUCAGCUGCUGUUCAGAUUCAACAGAGCAAUUUUGUCCUUUUUUGCACACAUGCUGCAGAUCUGCAAGAUCACUUUCAGAACCUGGUGCUGACCAUCCUGAUCGCCGCUGUGCUGAGCAUUCCUUUCUGGCAGUGGUUUUUGGGAAAGUUUGGGAAGAAAAUAGCAGCCUUUGGAAUUUCUUUGAUGAUCCCAUUUUCCAUCAUGUUGGUGACCAUUUCCAACACUGUUGUUGCCUAUGUUGUCGCUGUAACCUCUGGCCUAAGCAUCGCUGCGUCACUGCUCCUCCCAUGGUCGAUGCUUCCUGAUGUAGUGGAUAAUUUCCGACUAACGAAUCCGCAAGGGAAGGGGCUAGAAGCCAUCUUCUACUCGUCAUUUGUGUUCUUCACCAAGCUCUCCGCUGGGAUCGCUUUAGGAAUUUCUACAUUGAGCCUUCAAUUUGCGGGCUACGACACAACGUUGUGCAAGCAGGCAUACAGUGUGGUGCUUACGCUGAAGCUGCUGAUUGGCGCAGUCCCUGCUCUCAUGAUUAUCAUAGGUUUAAUCAUAUUGGCCUUCUACCCAAUCACAGAGGACACCAGGAAGCAAACUGAGUUGGCUCUUGAUGGUAUACGCAUGCGGACUCGCCGAUCGACUCUUAUCGUUAUCUGACACUGGAUUCUACCUUCCGAAUUACAUGCUGCUCCUAUAGGAUGUGUGAGUGGGGCUGGUUUCUGAAACAUUUCCAUCCUAUCCGCCAUCUUGACAAUUGCCAUUGUGUAGUAGCUGGAUAGUCAUACUUUCACCUCAACAGAAAGAGAAAGGGACUCGUGAAUCCCAUCCUUCUUAUUGAGAGAUAUUCAUUUUUCUGGGAGGAUAUCAGCUUGGAGUAUCAAUAUAUUUUGAAAAAGAAUCUUCAUAUUUUUUCAAAUCUGUUUUUGAUGGAACUUUAUAAAUAAAAGCUCAAGACUGUUACUCAUUAUAUUUUAUUCUUACUGUGCUUGGAUGGAUUUGUAUUUUAAUAUUGACUUAAUAAUAAAGUUCUAU